UAAUGUAGUGGUUAGUGGAAGUUUGUAAAAUGUUUUGCGACGCCGUUAGCUUGUGAAAGAAUUAAAUAAAAAAAAUGGCACAGCAAGAAAUAUCUUGUGGUUAUGAAUACAUAAUAACUGCUGAUUUACAAACAUGUCUCACAGAAGCACUUCAAUGCAGUUAUUCAUUUAUAGUUUCGCCCAUUAUUCACCCACGUUUUCGUAGGCAAUCCACAAAUGCCGGUAAAAAUGGUGGUUUUACGCGGUCAGAUAUGGUUCUAUCACCUCAAGAUUGGACUAGCAGGAUAGUAGCUAAGCUAUCUCCGUACAUUAACGUUGAUUCACCUUCAGCGACUGUUAGGCAGCGUCACGAGGAUUAUUUGAAUGAGGAACUAUCAUACUGUAGGGGACUUGGUGUGCCUGCAAUCAUGAUAUCAAUACACGGGAGAGAGAGCAACAAUUUAGCCAGAAUUCUCCAAACUUAUUAUGAAACGAGCCACCAUCCGUCUCUAAUAUGGGCAUGUGUACCUAUGCUAUGUAGUAGAACAUAUAGAGAAUGCACUGAAGAUGAUGAAGAAGAGAAAGCUUGGAAUGAGCCCUGGUACUGGUGGUCCAAAUUCCAUGAGCGCCUUGAUUGGGAUAAACGUGUUGGUGUUGUUUUGGAGUUGUCUGCAGAUCUUCCAUCACAGGAAGUAGUAAAGAGAUGGCUUGGUGAACCAGUAAAAGCGAUUAUCGUACCAACAUCAAUAUUUCAUAAUAACAAAAAAGGAUAUCCUGUUUUGUCUCGGGCUCACCAACAACUUGUAGUUAGCAUGGUAGAACAUGAAGCACAGGUUAUAGUUAGUGGUGCUCGAAGAUCCAACAUUGAAUUCUUCGUACAGUAUCUACACCGGGUGUGGAGAAGAAGGCCAAAUCCAGCAAAUGAUCCUAUGCUCAGCUAUGCAAGAGGAUGGGAAGACUACCUACAAACACCACUGCAGCCCCUAGCAGAUAAUUUAGAUACACACACAUAUAAUGUAUUUGAAAAGGAUCCAGUUAAAUAUAAUCAAUAUCAAAAAGCUAUUGCACAGGCGUUGAUUGAUGUACAGAAGGACCGGGCUGUGAAACAGAUUGCUGAAUAUCUGGAGUCUGUGUCCAUUAACGGCAGUAAUCCCUUGUGUCAGUUUCAGAGCAAAGCGAGCUGUAAUGUAGCAUCUAUCAACCAAUGUUCAAAAAAUGAAUUAUGCGACAACAAUACGAAAGAGUUGAUUAGAGAUGAUCCUAUAACUGUAAUGGUACUUGGUGCGGGCCGGGGACCCCUAGUGAGAGCCACAUUCAAUGCUUCCGAUAUAACAAAUACCAAAGUUAAGGUAAUUGCCGUUGAGAAGAAUCCAUGUGCUGUAGUAGUGUUAGCUGCACAGGUACGAGAAGUCUGGCGUAAUCGUGAUGUGGUUGUUAUACCUGGGGAUAUGAGGCAAAUAAACUUGUCACCCAAAGCUGAUAUUAUAGUUUCUGAAUUGUUAGGUUCUUGGGGAGAUAAUGAGCUUUCGCCUGAAUGCUUGGAUGGAGCAUCGAAUCUUUUAAAACCCGGCGGAAUAUCGAUUCCAAGCUCAUAUCGAUCGUAUGUUGCACCCAUAACGUCUCCCAGGUUAUGGGCUGCCGCGAAAAUAGCAACUUCAGGAAUUCCCCAACAAAAAGAUAAGAACCUCGAAACAUUAUGGGUUGUUUACAUGCAGAAUAAACAUGAUAUUGCAGAAACAAAGCUCGUCUUCACGUUUAACCAUCCAUCCAAAGCCGUAAAGGAUGAAGAGGGAUGUGAUAAAUCAGAUUACAGAGGAUUACCACUAACCAACAAUAGGCGUCAGGCCACCCUUACUUGGGAUGUUCAGCAAGACAACAUUAUGCAUGGCUUUGGAGGGUAUUUUGAUUGUACCCUUUAUGGUAAUGAAAUGAUCAGCAUUGUUCCUGGUACACAUAGCCCAGGAAUGAUCUCCUGGUUUCCAGUCUUUAUUCCAAUUAAGACACCAAUGCGAGUACAAAAGGGUGAUAAAAUAACAGCAACGUUCUGGAGGUGUGUUGACUCGCGUCGUGUAUGGUACGAAUGGGUAGUUGAAGUGGGUAACCGAUCAACACCACUGCACAAUGCUAACGGUCGUAGUUCGGAAAUGUUGCUUUAAAUAGGGCCAGUGCACUGUAACAAACAAUCUAUUGCGCAAUAAAAUAAUGUAAUCUUAAUCGAC